AUGCGUGAGGACGCCACAAGCUCCAUUAACCUAAGCAGCUCCUACCCUGAAUCCUUCAUCCUGGUGGGCAUCCCAGGGAUGGAGGAAUAUCAUGCCUGGAUGGCCAUCCCUUUCUGCCUGAUGUACGUCUUGGCGCUCCUGGGCAACAUUUCUCUACUGGUCCUCAUUGUGACUGAGCGCAGCCUCCACCAGCCCAUGUAUCUCUUCUUGGCCAUGCUGGCCGUGGCCGACCUGGUCUUGUCGACCUCCACGGUCCCCAAAACCCUCAGUGUCCUCCUGGCAUAUUCCAAGGAGAUCUCCUACACUGCCUGCCUCGCCCAGAUGUUCUUCACCCACGUCAGCUUCAUUGCGGAAUCCACCAUCUUGCUGGCCAUGGCCUUUGAUCGGUAUGUUGCGAUCUGUGACCCGCUGCGGUAUGCGGCUAUCCUCACACCUCUGGUGAUUGCCAAGAUUGGCCUGGCUGCUCUGGUGAGGAGUUUUUGCGUGAUGCUCCCCACCCUCUUCCUCCUGAGAAGGCUCCCGUACUGUGGGCAUAGGGUCAUGCCCCACUCCUACUGUGAGCACAUGGGCAUCGCCCGGAUGGCGUGUGCAGACAUCUCCAUCAACAUCUGGUACGGAUUUGCGACCACCCUCUUGUCUCCAGUCCUAGACCUUGUGCUUAUCACUGUCUCCUAUAUCCUUAUCCUCAAAGCUGUCUUCCGGCUCCCGUCACAGGAUGCCCGCCUUAAGACGAUCGGCACCUGCAGCUCUCACCUCUGCAUCAUACUUCUGUUCUAUACCCCAGCCUUGUUCUCUUUCUUUGCCCAUCGGUUUGACCAUGGCAUCCCGCGGCACGUCCUCAUCCUCUUGGCCAAUGUCUACCAGCUCCUCCCACCCAUGCUCAACCCCAUUGUCUAUGCAGCAAGGACCAAAGUGAUUCGGGAACGGCUGGGCCCCAUGUCAGUGCCAGCUGGAAGGAUGUGCUGA